CGCGAAAGGCCAUCACGUCAUGGUGACCAAAAUAGGGGAUAUGGAAACAGGGAUUACGGAUCGGGUGGAUAUCAACAAAAUCCAUAUCAACAUCAGCAAAAUAGCUAUCAACAAGGCAACUAUCAACAAGGAAAUUAUCAGCAGGGAAGUUAUCAACAAGGUGGUUAUCAACAAGGUACCGGCUAUCAGCAAAGCAGCGUUAACUCAAGUAAUACAGGAG